AUGCUGUUUUUGAAGAAGAUGGAUGAAGUUAUGGACACUAGUUGUUCAAUUUCUAAUUUACAUUCUUUUUCUCAGGAAAGUAUUCCUGAACAAUUACAAAUUAGAAAUGAAAUUUAUGAUAAUGAGACAUUUGAACAAUUUAAAGAACUUGUAAUAAAAUAUUUAAAACCAAAAGAAGAUUGCCUAACUUUUACCACCUCAAGAUGGGAAGAAUUUCGUUCUAUAAAAAGUAAAGUAACAACAGUUGAACCUUUAUUAGGAUGGAUGGUUGUUUAUAUUCAUGCAUAUAUUAUUAUGUAUGAAGAUCAAGGUGAAAAAUAUCAUUCACAUUAUGAGAUUCUCAACAUUGCCAAAGAUGGGGAUGUAUCAAUAAGAGAUUUUUAUGCUAUGUUGUGUAAAUGGAUGAAAUUUAUUGAUGCACCUAAUCGUGUUUUAACUAAGGUUGAUAAUGUUAAUAAAUGUUGA